CCUCAUCUCCCUCGUCUAGGAGGAGAGGGCUUGCUCCCGGACCACCACACAUCCCUUGCCGUGGGCAACAGCCACCGCUGCUGGAGGCCAAGUAUAGCAACAACCAUCGCUAUUUGCAAGCCAAAGCAGCAGCCACCCACAUUGGGAUCCCCUCUCAUUUUCCCCAUGCAUGAUGCGUCGCGGCAUCCUCCAUGGCCGCCGCGUGCUUCGUCCCAGCACCCUGUCGCCGUCGCACUGCGAUGGAGCACCACCGCGGUGCUGCAGUGAAGCUUCGCCGGCGGCCAUCUGGUGCUGCAAUGGAGCUUCGAACGGGGCAGCCGGUGCUGCGGCGGAGCUACAAUGGAGCGUCGUCGUGGCUGCAAUGGAGCACCACCGUGGCUGCUAUGAAGCUUCGCUAGAGACGUAGCCGGUGCAGCAUUGAUGCUUUUUUGUGCUUGGUGUUGCUAUGGCCAUGGCUGCAAUGGAGCAGCACGCCGGUGCUCCGGAUGCCACCCAUCACCAGAUCGUACGGCAAUCAUCCGCCUGAUUUGUAGCCGCCGCCAAAUAAUAAUCAAAAAGCAAGCAAACCCAUCGACACCCCCCCCCCCAUCUCUCUCCCUCUCCGUCUUCUUUCGCGUUGCGCGCUCUCACUGUCACUGACAGGUCGACCCCACACUCUCCCCUAUAUAAGGCCCCGCUUUCCCUUUUUCCACCCCGCAUUGACCUCGUCAACACAUUCUCCCCCCUGAUCACCGGCCACCGGCCACCGCCACGCCAUGGCUCCAAGACCUCCACCCUUCUACCUCCUCGCCGUCGUCUUCUUCCUCCUCCCCGUCCAGCCACCUCCCACCGCCGACGCGGCAACCACCGUCGCCUUCUCCUUCCCGUCCUUCUCCCUCCGAAACCUCACCCUCCUCGGCGGGGCCUCGCUCCGCUCCGCCUCCGUGUCCCUCCCGCCGCCCUCCUCCCACGCCCUCUUCCCGCUCCCUCUCCCGUUCCCCCCCAACGCCUCCUUCUCCACCUCCUUUCUCUUCGCCUCCCCGGCCUCCGCGCGCCCCGCCUCCCGCCUCUCCUUCGUGCUCCUCCCCGACCCGGUCGCCGCCGCCGAGGGCACGGGCGGGAACAGGUCUCUCCCGCUCGAGGUGGCGUUCGACGCGUCGAAGAAUCGCGUGCACACGUCCUCCGCUGGCAAGCACAUCGGCGGGAACUCCACCGGGGCGGUGGACCUGCGGAACGGCAACGAGGUCGGUUCGUGGGUCAUCUACGACGCGCUCCGGACUCGCCUGGAGGUGUUCCUUAGCCACGCGAGUCUGCGGCCGCCGACGCCCGCGCUGGUGGUACCCAACACCACGGCCCUUGCGGCCCGCUUCGCGGAGUUCAUGUUCGUCGGCUUCCAGGUCUCGUGCUCGUCCGACAACGGGAGCACCGAUGGCGGCUUCGUCAUCCACAGCUGGAGCUUCCAGACGAACGGGCUGCGCGCCGUCGGCCUCGCGUCCAGACCCUCGCACAGCGUGUCCGACAGCGUCCGCAGGGCCCCCGCGUCGGGGGAUGUCGCUGUCGCCAGCCGUAAGGACGGGCACCGCAGAAGGCUUGCAAUGGGGCUCGGCAUUCCUUUGCCCAUCGUGUUUCUCGGUGCAGUCAUGGUGUUUGUGAUAUUGUCUAUGAAGAAGUGGAGGUCUCGUCCUGCAGGGUUUAACGGCGGCGUCAGAGCAAAAGCAGCGGGCCAUCCAAGGCAGUUCAUGUACCAAGAUCUCUUCUCGGCGACCAAGGGAUUUGAUCCUUCUCUAGUGGUUGGCAGUGGUGGUUUCGGUACUGUAUACAAGGCGGUGUGCCCGCGCUCUGGGGUCACAUAUGCGGUCAAGCGCUCCAAGCAAUCCACGGAGAGCCACAACGAGUUCACCGCCGAGCUUACCAUAAUCGCUGACCUGAAGCACCCUAAUCUGGUUCAGCUGCGAGGGUGGUGCGCGGAGAAGGACGAGCUGCUGCUUGUGUACGAGUUCAUGUCAAAUGGCAGCCUGGACAUGGCUCUCCACUCUUGCUCAGGUGUCCACCGUUAUCCCACUCUCAACUGGGCUCGCCGGUACAAUGUGGCAGUCGGCAUUGCCUCUGCGGUUGCAUACCUACAUGAAGAACAUGACAAGCAGGUGAUCCACAGGGAUAUCAAGUGCAGUAACAUACUUCUGGAUUCGCAUUUCAAUCCCAAGUUGGGGGAUUUUGGGCUUGCAAGGUUGAAGGAUCCUAGUACUAGCCCUCGGUCAACCUUAGCAGCAGGGACUGUUGGUUACCUUGCCCCUGAGUACCUCCAGAUGGGAAGAGCCACAGAAAAGAGCGAUGUCUACAGCUAUGGGGUUGUACUGCUGGAGAUCUGCACACGAAGGCGGCCAAUAGACCGAGAAGCUCCUGGCAGCAUGAACAUGCUGAAUGUUGUUGAUUGGGUUUGGAAUUUGCACUCUAAGGGCAGGCUUUUAGAUGCUGUUGAUAUGAGCCUGAAUGGGGAGUAUGACACAGAGCAAAUGACGAGGCUGCUUCUUCUAGGUUUGAGCUGUGUGAAUCCCUUUUCAGAAGAGAGACCUGUCAUGAGGAAUGUUCUAGGCAUACUGGAGGGCAAGAGUGAGCCACUGCCUGUUCCGAAAAAGAAGCCGCUGCUUGUUUUCGUUUCAAAUGCACCUAUGGAUCUUGAGGGGAUAGUUUCUGAGUGCAAUCAGAGUACAGUUUCAAGUGAUCUCUUUGAGCUGAAAAUCGAUAUAAACUAGGUAAAGCUGCCGCGAAGACUAAUCAUGUUGGCGAACUCUGAAGUUUUGGUGAUAGUUUGUGAAGUUUGUAGAUGUUGACACUACCCCACUGCAGAAGGAAAUAUGGUUACGGCUCGGUGAGUUCAUGUCGAGUUCUUUCAGGGAGAACUCAUGAAUUCCAGAGGCCGUGCUGAACUUGUGUGGAAAAUACACUGAUUACUUGGCAUGUUUGUAGCACCAUCCAGGAUAUUUCCCUCUACAUGUUUGUAAGACAGGCCGUCGAACAUGUGUUUCUCCCUCAUCUCUUGACAACGUUGUAAAUUUGCAGCUCUGUACAAAGGGGGCAAAUACUACAGAUUUCCUCCCAAACUUGCUACUCCCUCCGUCCGGAAAUACUUGU